GGACCCGCACUCACUGUUGCGCAUGCGCUGAUGGGAGCAGUCCGUCGUCGCUAACAACGAGCAUUUACAUUCUCUGGGUAAAACGCAGCGUCAACAAAAUAGCAUCAUCCUGACAUUUCAUAUACGCUAUAACAUUGACGUUUAACAAUGCCGAGUAAUAAGCUCGAAAGGCAGGAGGUCAGUGACAAUGUCAAAGUGGUGGUCCGAUGCCGCCCCCUCAAUCAAAAAGAGACGAUGAUGGGGCACAAACAGGCCGUUAUUGUGGACGAGAUCCGGGGGACAAUCACUGUUAACAAGCUGGAAACUCCCAAUGAGCCCCCCAAGACCUUUACCUUUGACACAGUGUUUGGACCAGACAGCAAACAACUGGAUGUCUACAACCUUACUGCCCGUCCCAUUAUCGAUUCAGUAUUGGAAGGAUAUAAUGGCACCAUUUUUGCGUAUGGACAAACAGGGACUGGAAAAACCUUUACCAUGGAAGGUGUGAGAGCUGUGCCAGAACUCAGAGGCAUUAUACCAAACUCCUUUGCCCACAUAUUUGGCCACAUUGCAAAGGCAGAGGGUGAUACAAGGUUUUUGGUUCGUGUUUCAUACCUUGAAAUCUACAAUGAAGAGGUGCGAGAUUUACUUGGUAAAGAUCAGACGCAGCGCCUUGAGGUAAAGGAAAGACCAGAUGUUGGCGUGUAUAUUAAGGAUUUGCCUGGUUAUGUUGUCAACAAUGCGGAUGGCAUGGAUAGAAUUAUGACAGUUGGACACAAAAACAGGUCAGUUGGAGCAACCAACAUGAAUGAACACAGCUCUCGUUCACACGCCAUCUUCACCAUUACUAUUGAGUGCAGUGAGAAGGGUGUUGAUGGAGAUCAGCAUGUGCGCAUGGGGAAGCUUCAUCUGGUUGAUCUUGCUGGUUCAGAAAGACAGGGUAAAACCGGUGCUACAGGUCAGAGGUUGAAAGAAGCCACCAAAAUCAACCUGUCUCUCUCUACUCUUGGUAAUGUCAUUUCUGCUCUGGUGGAUGGCAAGAGCACUCAUGUGCCCUACAGGAACUCUAAAUUGACACGCCUUCUACAGGACUCUUUGGGCGGCAACUCCAAAACCAUGAUGUGUGCAAAUAUAGGCCCUGCUGAUUACAAUUAUGAUGAGACCAUUAGCACACUCCGCUAUGCCAAUAGGGCAAAAAAUAUCAAGAACAAAGCCAGGAUCAAUGAGGAUCCUAAAGAUGCUCUACUGCGUCAGUUUCAGAAAGAAAUUGAGGAAUUAAAGAAGAAGCUUGAGGAAGGAGAGGAGAUCUCAGGCUCUGAGGGAAGUGGAUCUGAAGAAAUGGAUGAAGGUGAAGAUGAAACAGGCGAAGCCGGAGAAGGUCGUAAAAGGAGACGAGUGUUACACAGGAGCAGUUACUCAGAGUUUUUGCUUUCAAUAUCUUUUCUUUCAGAGAUUAAACCUCUGACUCGGAGAAAGAAGGUAUCUGCUGACAAGAUGGUGGAAAUGCAGGCAAAGAUUGAAGAAGAACGAAAGGCUUUGGAGGCCAAACUUGAUAUGGAGGAAGAGGAAAGGAACAAGGCCAGAGCAGAGCUGGAGAAAAGGGAAAAAGACCUACUCAAAGCUCAACAGGAGCACCAUCGUCUGCUGGAGAAGCUGUCCAACUUGGAGAAAAGGGUCAUUGUUGGUGGGGUGGACCUCUUGGCCAAAGCUGAAGAACAGGAGAAACUGCUGGAGGAAUCAAACAAUGAGCUGGAGGAACGUCGCAGAAGAGCAGAGCAGCUGCGUAAAGAGCUGGAGGAGAAAGAGCAAGAACGUCUAGAUAUCGAAGAAAAGUACACAAGCCUUCAGGAAGAGGCCCAAGGAAAAACAAAGAAAUUAAAGAAAGUGUGGACCAUGCUGAUGGCUGCCAAGUCUGAAAUGGCUGAUUUGCAGCAGGAGCAUCACAGAGAAAUUGAGGAUCUCCUGGAAAACAUUCGUCAGCUGAGCCGAGAGCUGCGUCUACAGAUGCUCAUCAUAGACAGCUUUAUUCCACAGGAAUACCAGGAGAUGAUAGAAAAUUAUGUACACUGGAAUGAAGACAUCGGAGAAUGGCAGUUGAAAUGUGUGGCUUACACUGGCAACAAUAUGAGAAAACAAACCCCUGCACCAGACAAAAAAGAAAAAGAUCCAUUUGAGGUGGACUUGUCCCAUGUGUACCUUGCAUACACAGAAGAAAGCAUGCGGCAGUCACUAAUGAAGCUAGAAAGACCCAGAACAUCCAAAAACAGUAAAAGUGGACGUCCAAAGACAGGACGAAGGAAAAGAUCAGCAAGGCCAGAUGCUGUGAUCGAAUCUCUUCUGCAGUAAAGAAAGUUUAGGUAACAAUUAUUUGAAAAUGUGAAGGAGCAUUUGUUGAUGUUUAAAAAAAAUAAUCACAAUGUCUACACCUGAAGCCUGUUAUUUGUAUAACUGAAUAUGCACUUGGGGGAACAGUUAAGCUACUGUGUACUUAACCAUAUACACAAACACAUUUAUAGCACAACCUUUAAACAGUUGGUUCUCAUUGCUAUUGAAUGGUUAUUUUACAAGUCUGAAUUUUGUGAAAUGUAUAUUGCAUGCUAGACGUUCCUGUUAGUGCCAUGACAUUCUUUAUUAUAUUGUCAUUACAAACACAGGUUGCUGCUACCACUGCACUGGAAGUUGUAGACGGGGGCACAUUCCUUUUUUAACCAACUUUUGUUUUGCAAUAUAUCUGUCAAAUGUUUACAAAUGCCAUACUGCAGCAUUUAUUUAUUAAAUUAUUUUUAUGUUUUAUCUCACACUUGCUUUGUUAAUAAAUAGGUAAUAUCCCCAA